GUACUUGUACUUAAGGAGAAUACUAUAACGCAACUAGUAUGCACAGGUCUUAUUUAUUGUACUCUUUUUAUUGUACAGCGCUUUGUGACGGUUUUUCUGUAAAACGCGUUUAAUAAAUAAACUUUACUAUCUUGAUAACAUGCAUAUACAUGCAAAAAUACGCAAAACCUGACCGUUUCUGUUGUAACUCACAGACAGUUCGGUGAUUUUUUUAACCCCUGCAUUUUCUCCCCUGCAGAGGGCAGUAAUGAGUACAGAACCCACAAAAGUCCAGGGAGGAAAAACCAGCCCCGAAGAAGAAGGUGCCUUACCACGCAGGCGCAAUCUUAAAGUGACAUUACCGUGUUGAGUGUGUUGUGCUAAAAAUUAAUAGGUGGAGAAUUUAUUUAUUUUUUUUUGUAUUUCCGUUAUUCUAACUGGGCUAGAUAACGGUACACUUUAAAUGAAGGCGCGUGAAUAACAGACUGCUGCAAACAUUGGGAUAUAAAGUGCUUUUUGGCUGCCUUCAAACCGACGUUGAGUGAGUAAAGUGAUGCAACAUGGCAGCAGCGGCUGUCAAUAGGGGCUUUCUUUCAGCAUUAAGGACUCAAAGUUGGUGUCAGACCCAAAAACUUAACUCGUUAGCUGAGAGGACAGUCAGUCGUGUCUCCUCUGCUGUGAUAUGUAACCACGAGGCUGCAGGAGGACACACAAGCCUGGACAGGAGAGCUCAAGCUGGGGAGAGAAGAAGAAGAAACGGUCAGGACAGCAACAGAAGCUCCUCUUUGCUCACCUCUGUGUCGGUGGGUUUGGGGCUCUGUGGUGCGGUGCUUCUGGAUACUGAAAAAGACCAAAAGGGGGACAAAGAAUUGGCAAUAUCCCGGGGAUUUCUCCAGCACAUCCUCCCAUCGGCUCAGUGCGCUUCUCCCUUCAAACCAGACAGUCCCCGAUUUAAGUACAACUUCAUUGCAGAUGUGGUGGAAAAAUCCACUCCAGCUGUGGUGUACAUUGAAAUCGUGGGCAGACACCCGUUCUCAGGGCGAGAGGUCCCAGUGUCAAACGGCUCCGGUUUUAUCAUCAGCAGCGAUGGUCUCAUCGUCACUAAUGCCCACGUUGUAGCCAACAAGCGAGGUGUCCGUGUGAAGCUCACCAAUGGAGAGACGUACAGUGCCAGCGUGCAGGAUGUCGACCCUGUGGCGGACAUCGCCACCAUCAAAAUCUCUGCGAGGAACCCGUUACCCACUCUCACACUCGGCCAGUCGUCUGACGUCCGACAGGGAGAGUUUGUUGUUGCCAUGGGAAGCCCGUUUUCGUUACGAAAUACAAUCACAUCGGGGAUUGUCAGCUCAGUGCAGAGAGGCAGUAAGGAGCUGGGCCUGUCCAACUCCAACAUGGAGUACAUACAGACCGAUGCAACCAUUGAUUUUGGAAAUUCUGGAGGUCCCCUCAUUAAUCUGGAUGGUGAAGUCAUUGGUAUAAACACCAUGAAGGUUACCGCUGGCAUCUCCUUUGCAAUUCCAUCUGAUCAUGUGAGGCUUUUUCUGGAGAAAGCAGCCAAAAGAAAAAGCACUUGGUUUCAUAAGGAUGAGACGAAGCAGCGGUACAUUGGUGUUAUGAUGCUGACGCUGACGCAGAGGAUCAUUGCUGAGCUGAGGUUGAGAGACUCAUCUUUUCCGGAUGUGACUCACGGUGUCCUGAUUCACAGGGUAAUCAUGGGCUCUCCAGCUUACAGGAUGGAAGUCAUUGGUAUAAACACCAUGAAGGUUACCGCUGGCAUCUCCUUUGCAAUUCCAUCUGAUCAUGUGAGGCUUUUUCUGGAGAAAGCAGCCAAAAGAAAAAGCACUUGGUUUCAUAAGGAUGAGACGAAGCAGCGGUACAUUGGUGUUAUGAUGCUGACGCUGACGCAGAGGAUCAUUGCUGAGCUGAGGUUGAGAGACUCAUCUUUUCCGGAUGUGACUCACGGUGUCCUGAUUCACAGGGUAAUCAUGGGCUCUCCAGCUUACAGAGCUGGCAUGCAAGCCGGAGACAUUGUGCUGGAGAUAAACGGGGCCAAGGUGAACACCUCAGAGGAGAUCUACCAGGCCGUCCGCAGCAGUGACAAAAUCACUAUGCAGGUGCAGCGAGGACAAGAGUUACUCCACCUUCACAUUACUCCCGAGUAUAUAGAUUAAUGCAAACCGCAUUAUUUCAUGUCAGCCGCUGGCCAGAAUGAGAUGUUAGCUUGUGUAUACUAGAAAACUGUGAAUGCUUACAGUAACUGUGUUCAAAAGAAAAUGUUUGCUGUUUAAUAAAUUGGAUUUUAUGUAAAAGUUUUCUUAUAUUCUCCAGUAUUUCACUAACAUUUGGAGAGGUGUCAGCUUACAGUGAAUGUGUAGGCAUUUUAGCCACAGUAAGUGUUACCUGUUUAAAACUACACUGGUGCAGUCUUCAUGGUGCCAUUUUUCAUUAAAUGGUAAAAACCAUGUCAUGCUCACUGUUUAUUCAUGGAGGGGUUCUCAGUGAAUUCUACCUCUACUUUCUUACUUAUUGCUCAGAGUAGCCAAACUUGUGUCUCUUGUAAUGAUUUGUGUUCAAAAUGCAUUAUUUGUAAAAUAAAAGCUCACGGAGCCUGAGAGGGUGCACUUUAUUAAAGCCAUUUAAUGUUGUUAGGACAGCAAAAGGAAGCAAGAGAGACCCAACACUAUGGCAAGGAUGAAUGGUAUUAAACUGACUACCAUUACAUGAGCACAGAAGUCACAAAUGUUGCCGCUAUGAUGAUGAUGAUGAGAGUAACAUAUGAAGUCGCACUGAUUUAAACUGCUUUGAGUAUGUCACACACAGCAAGGACCAAAAAGGAAAAAAAGACAUGAAUUCAAUUCAUGAAUGUUUAAAAUGCCAAUCCUGCAUGAGAAGUAAACGUGAGGAGGUUAUUCGGAUUUCAUUGAGCACUCUGAAGCCAUAAUGAGCAAAAUAAAAUUUCCCUGGUAUAUGUACAGUAACACACACUUACAGUAAAGUAAUAAAGUGACAUGUACUGGACUGCUACACAAUUUCAUGUAUUAACCUCAAAGACUGAUAGCUAAUAAAUUGAGAUAACAUUUAUUAAACAAUAUUUUAAACAAUAUAUUCAUACUUCUGGACUAAAGACAUCUUAUUAGGUACGAGUACUACAACAUACAAGUAUGGGAGGAAAAAUACAAUUGUUCAAACCCCAUUAAAACUACUUUAAAAA